AUGGCGACCAAGCCGGUCACCGUCGGCGACCUCAUCCACCGCGUCGCCUCCUCCUGCCUAUCCAACCGCCUGCCCUGCAACUACACCCUCCGCGACUCCGUCGACAACGACCUGGACGACGACGACGACCCCUUUGCCGAUGCCGUCUCCAGCAGCGAGAAAUGCCGACGGUCCCUGUCCGCUGCGGAGGCGGAGGAAAUCAAGGAAGAGGAGGAGGAGGAGAAGCUCAAGAUCUGUGAGGAGGGGGAGCAGGAGAAGGAGAGGCUGGCCGCCAUGGCCAAGGGCGCCGAGCACGCCUGCGACGCGAACGCGCUGAUGGCGGAGGUGUUCGACGUGUCUCUGGGUGCGCCGUUCCUACGCCGCGCUCUAGGGCGCGCCUGCCCCUAG